CUGCAUCAUACGUGUAUUUUUCCGGUCCUUGUCCUCUCUCACCUAACUUAGCUUCACUUUGUCGGCAAGAGAUAUCGUGAGGCACGUAAAAAUGAUAGGGUCACUUAAGUUAGUUUUACUAUUAAGUGUAAUUUAUUUAUGUAAGGCCUCAGAAGAAGAUGUACUAGAGCUUACUGAUGGAGAUUUUGAUAGUGCUAUUUCUCAGCAUGACACCGCUCUCGUCAUGUUUUACGCACCAUGGUGCGGACAUUGCAAACGCUUGAAACCGGAAUACGCUGUUGCGGCCGGCAUUCUUAAAAAUGACGAUCCUCCAGUUGCAUUAGCUAAGGUUGACUGUACUGAAGGUGGUAAGAGCCUCUGUGAAAAGUACUCCGUAUCUGGAUACCCCACUUUGAAGAUCUUCCGCAAAGGAGAACUUUCACAGGAAUACAAUGGACCCAGGGAAUCAAAUGGUAUUGUUAAGUACAUGCGCGCCCAAGUUGGCCCCAGCUCCAAGGAUCUGCUCACAGUUGCCAACUUUGAAGAUUUCCUCAACAAGGAUGAGGUCGUUGUUGUUGGUUUCUUCGAGAAGGAAUCAGACCUGAAAGGCGAGUUCCUGAAGACAGCUGAUAAGAUGCGCGAAGAAAUCACAUUCGGACAUUCAUCAGCUAAGGAGGUCCUUGAAAAGGCUGGAUUUAAGGACAAUGUGGUACUUUACCGUCCGAAACGGCUGCAGAACAAAUUUGAAGAGUCCUCCGUUGUGUACAAGGGCGAGCCAGACUCUCUGAAGGGCUUCAUCAAAGCCAACUACCACGGCCUUGUCGGAAUCCGUCUAAAGGACAACAUGCGCGACUUCACCGACCCCCUGGUUGUCGCCUACUUCGACGUGGACUAUGUUAAGAACCCCAAGGGUACCAACUACUGGAGGAACAGAGUGCUUAAGGUCGCAAAAGAGAUGGACGAGGUGACGUUCGCGGUGAGCGACAAGGACGACUUCACGCACGAGCUGAACGACUACGGCAUCGACUUCGCGAAGGGCGACAAGCCGGUGGUCGCCGGCCGGGACGCCGACGGCAACAAGUUCGUCAUGAGCACGGAGUUUAGGUGAGAUAAGGGGUUUUUUUUUC